AUGAAAAUACGGUUAAUACCCUCACUACUCUUCAGUCUCCGCUAUAAUGCCAAGAACAGAGCCCGAAACCCCAAAAACGACAACGACGACUUUCGCAACCUAGUCUCCGAGCAACGCAGCGAGCUCAUGGCCGCCGAGACCUUCGAGUCCGACCUCGACCUCGCCUUCCGCCUCCAACUCCAAGAAGCCCUCGCCGCGUCCCUCGCCCUCGAACCCUCCUCCUCCCCCUCCCCCUCCGCCGCCGCCGCUCCAGUCCCUCAUCCUCCCAGAAACGAUGACGCUCCGCGCUUCGCCGCCGCCCAGUCCGAGGAGCUCUCGCGGCUGGAGCAGGAGCUGAAGGACCGCGAGCAGAGUGCGAUCGCGAUGCGGCGGGAGAGGGAGGAUCUCGCCCGUCGAAUUCACGACCAGAGGGUCGCCAGGGAGAUUCUGAGGAUUCACGACGACGAUUGGAGCGAUUGGGGCGAGAAUUUUGCGAAACCGUUCGGCGAGGGCUCGUCGAAGAGCGCGAUUUGGAAAGAUGAUUACAGCGAGGAGAGCGAGAGCGAGGAGGACGAUUCCGUGUUCGGAAUCUACUUCAAGGGAUUGGUGAGCGAGGAGAGGAUUGAGGGGAGCGACAAGACUGUGCUGGCCGGUAUCGGCGUCGCCAUUUGCGAUUCGAGGGAUAAUUUGAUAUUCGAGGUGAGGAAACCGUUGCUUGGGAAUGGAUUGAACAAAGCUGCCGCGGACGCCAAGGCCUUGAUCGAAGGGCUUAAUGCCGCUCUCGCUUUGGACUUGAAGCGGAUCAUUCUGUACUGCGAUUACUAUGCAUCUUACCAAUUCAUUUCUGGGAGAUGGCAAUCCAGGCAAAACAAGAUUGCUGCGCUUGUCGAUCAGGUGAAGAGUCUUCAAAGAAAAUUUGAACGUUGCGAGACAAGGCUUGUGGCACGAAAUGAGAUUAAGUUUGCAUUUAAACUUGCAAGAGAUGCAAUACAGUCUCAGGUCAACAGGACCGUGGAAUCUAACCAACGCAAGAAUCUAGAUGAGACUUGCGUGAUUUGUUUGGAAGAUACUGACAUCAGUCAGAUUUUUUCAGUCAAUGGUUGCAAGCACAGAUACUGCUUUUCUUGUAUGAAACAACACGUGGAGACAAAGUUGCGCGAGGCGCUGGUGCCUAAAUGCCCUCACCAUGGCUGUAAAUCCGAACUUGACGUCGACAGUUGCGAGAAAUUCCUGACACCUAAAUUUAUGGAGAUUAUGCGCCAACGCAAAAAGGAAGCUAUAAUUCCUGUUACAGAGAGAGUUUAUUGUCCUGAUCCAAGGUGUUCUGUUUUAAUGUCGAAAACUGAAGUUCUAGAGCAUUCAAGAAAAGAAGGCCUUAAUGUUGAUGUGUCAGGAGCUAGGAGAUGCGUGAAAUGCAACGGCGUCUUCUGCAUCAACUGCAAGGUCCCUUGGCAUCGUGACAUGGCUUGUGAUCGUUACAAGUUGUUGAAUCCUAAUCCGCCCGCGGAGGACGCAAAGCUUAAGCUUCUUGCAUUGAGGAAUCUGUGGCGCCAGUGUAUAAAGUGCAACCUUAUGAUUGAGCUUGCUGAAGGCUGCUUCCAUAUGACUUGCAGAUGUGGGUAUGAGUUUUGUUACAACUGUGGAGCUGAGUGGAAAGACAAGAAAGCAACUUGUUCGUGUCCACUUUGGGAUGAGGAUCGUAUAUGGCAUGAUAGGAAUAGAGACUUUGACGAAGAGGAAGGAGAGGAAGAAGAGGAGGAUGACGACUUCUAUGACUCAGAUGAAGAAUCUUUGUUCUGAUUAUUAUCCUACAGAAAUUUCCGAUGUAAAUGAUCUCGUUUCUCAAAUUUCCGAUGUAAAUGAUCUCGUUUCUCAAAUUUCCUUGCAUUAUCUUCUUUGUGACUGCAGGAUAAUUCAUAAUCACCAUUCAUGUUCAUAUA